AGGAGCUCGAAGCGCAUCUCCCGCCCGUCUCCAUCGAUGCUAGCACGCAGUUCUUCACUCACUUAGAUGCUGUUCUCACGCAGAAUACGGCCGUGAAUGUUCAGGUAUCUGACUACAAUGCCAACGAUAUAUCCCGGCUGUGAGCAGACUAAUGGUGAUUGCUAGAAAUGCACAGAGUGGAUUGUCAAGCACAUUGCCCCCUCUAAGGCCCGGAUUACAGUACUGGGCGACUACUUGGUCUCCGUAUCCAGGUCGAUAUUUGCGGACCACACCCCGACAACAGCGGCAGCGAAGAAAGCAGCGCGCAACCGCUUUGAUGUCUUGCUGGUAGUCAGCGAUGUUCUCCAUACUGAUAGAUAUCACCAGCGCAGCACUGAGAAGAGCGGCAUCUUCGGCAGUGAAUCCAUGUCGUACAUACCCGAGCUUGUCGAGCUGGCAGCUUCAUGCGCCGUCAACAAGCAGUCGCCUCUGGAGGAGAAGCUCAGAGCCAUGCUCAACUAUUGGGCCAUCAACCGCGUCAUCAGCGCCGAGGACUUCAGGUCGCUCCAAGAUAGGGCAGAUGAGAGUUUGAUGGUAGCCCAAGGCGGCAUUCCUGUGCGAAAGCGAAACUACCUCAUGCCCGACUAUCACGGCGACAGAAGCGCGCCGUGGUACGACCUCCCUGCUGGGUACAUGCUGGAUCAGAUGGUCAAGCAUCGCCACCGCCCAAUCGACCCCUACCGCAUCAAAGUCGCCAAGCUCGACAAGAAACCCGUCUCCCCACAUGUGCGCAAGUUGCUCGACGACUACUUUGAGAACAUCGACCUCAAACACGUGCCGACCGGCGACAAUCCAAGCGGCGAAACGAAGAAAUACAAGCUGUGGCUGGACCCCAUGGGACAGCUGGUAAAGCGGGACAAGGAGACGGGUGACACGGCAACCGUGUGCAAUGGCUAUGGAUGGUCGCCCAAGUUCUGUCAGGAUAUGCGAGAACACGGCGUACCUGCGACUAUACAGAAGGCGCGGGAGGAUGUUCAGCGUAUGGAGGAGGCAAGAAACAUGGAGAAAAUGGAUGAGGCGAGAAGUACGGCGAGAAAAGAAGAGAGUCGCGAUGUGUCUCAGAAGCGGCGUCCCGAAAGACGUAAUUCUCCGUCUCCGCGUCGGCCGUCGUCUUCACACUCGGAUUAUGGAAGGGGACGAGGCAGAGUCAGUCGCAGUCGUAGCCGUAGCCGUCGCAGGUCCAGCUCUUCCUACGACAGUCGUGACGGGCAUGAUCAGAGGUCGGACAGCAGAGAUCGUGAACAAGGUCGACGGCCACCGCAGCCCUACCACAGAGAUCCGUCUCAAUCCGGCCCGCAGCGGAAUGGCUCCAACGGUCCCAGCCGGAACAUCAGUCAUGAUAGCCCUUCAGGCAACCAGUACCCCCCUCAGCCCCCUCAGAACUACAACCAGGCUUUCUCUCAACCACCACAGCCACCAUUCAAUGCGCAACCCUUUGUCCCUCCGCCUAUGAUGCCCAGCCAGCUACUCGGACAGUUUCCCAUGCAAAAUUUCCCGCCACCUCCUCCUUUGCCAUUCCAAGGCCCUGGAAGCUUUCCAGCUGGCGUACCACCACCUCCACCACCGAACUUUAGCGGACCGUUUCCUCCACCGCCACCCAAUAUGGCUGCAAUGCCUAAUAUUCCGUACAACUUUAACAAUCAGAUGGGCAACGCGUACGGGAACAACUUUGGUUACGGCAAUAAUGCGGGGUAUAGCCCGAAUCAGGGUGGGUAUCAGGGUGGUGGACAGAACCAGGGUGGAGGACAGAAUCAAGGUGGCUUCCAAGGUGGCAACCAAAAUCAAGGCGGCUUCCAAGGUGCACGUGGUGGGUUCAGAGGAAAUUUCCAAGGCGGUGGUAACUACACCAAUAGAGGUGGUUAUGGCGCGCCUCAGCGAGGGCAGCGUGGGGGAAGAUGGAAUUAGACAUCUGAGUGAUGACACUGGCAAGGAAAUAGGUAAAUGGCGGUGACCAAAAAAGGGAAAGGUAAAGGUGUAGUAGGUGAGUAGCUAGACUUAGACCGAUGAAAGAACUGGCUCUAUCAGGCAAGUGAUUUACUGCUCAGCAGGGUCACUUUACAA